GUUUUGGUUCCGGUACACUAGAUAAUCCUCUCUCCACAUACAUAGUACAUAUCUGAUCGACCUCCCCCCGGCGCGUGCGGGCUUCGAUCGUUCCCACAGGGCGGCGCCGAUCUUUCUUGACUUUGGCUGUUGUUUCUGUCCCACGACUUUCUCUUAUUUUCAAUGCCGGGACGAGCAUGACGCCUCUUCUACGUCGCCGCCCCGAGCACGGCAACGUGCUCGAUAUCCCAACGCCGCCUUUGCAGCAGGCUGCCUUGUUUGUCAUCUUUUUCUUCACCGCUCUAGCGUUCGUCACCUACAGUCUCAGGGCGUACACACGCCUCCGGAUGCGAACAUGGGGUCUCGACGACUAUCUCGUCACCGGCGCCAUGAUCUUUUCGCUGAUGAUGAUCGGGCCCUUCUACAUGUACAUUAAGCUCAACUACUUUGGCUGGCGUCAAAAGGAUGUGCCCCAGUUCGACCCGGCGCCGGGCUUGUGGUGGUUCUACCUGGCCCAGAUCUUCUACAACCCCAUCCUGGCCUUCGUCAAGGCCUCGGUACUCUGUUUCCUCCUGCGCCUGGGCGGGCAGAAGCCGGGCGUCAAGUACGCCAUCUACUUCCUCAACACAUUUAACGCCCUACAGGCCAUCGCCGUCUUCCUCGUCGCCGUACUGCAGUGUCUGCCCAUCGAAGCCAACUGGGACAUGGCGGUCAAGGCCGACCCCAACACGAGGUGCGUCGACAACUCGUUCCACGUCACCAUCUCGUCCAUCACCAUCCUCACCGACAUCGCCGUCAUCGCCCUGCCCUUUUGGAUCUUUUUGGGUCUCAAGAUGCCCAAGGCCGCUAAGAUGGCCGUCCUGGGUAUCUUUGCGCUCGGUCUUGUGGUCACCAUCAUUGGCAUCGUCCGGCUCCGCGGAGUCAUCAAGCUCUUCUAUGGGCCGCCAACCGGCGGGGACCCAUAUCACGAUAUCACCGUGACCUUGUCGGUGGUGGAGACCAACGUGGCCAUAGUGUCGGCCUCGGCGCCGGCGCUGCGCCCGCUGUUCCGCUCCCUCCUGCCGAGCCUCUUCGGAGGCAGCAGCGCCCGCUACGGCCAUAACAGGUACCUCUACCCGAACAGCAACUCGCCCUACGUCUUCUCGGGCGCCGGCACCUCCGUCCACGCCGCGACCGCCAACGGCGGCAAGGGCGGCAAGGGCGGGACGCAGACGGGCACCGGCUCGCGCCACGACGGGGCCGUCCCCGGGCGCCGCGGCAGCAUCCGGCUCAAGAACCUGACCAAGAGCGGGCACACCGAGUGCCGCAGCGUCAGCCCCAGCGGGUCCGAGGAGGAGAUCAUGACGUACAACGGCAUCAUGCGCACCACCGACGUCCAGGUCCACUACGAGGGCUCCAGGGGCAGCCGGAUCGACCGGGGCCCAGGAGGACGAGGCCCCGGCUUCGACGAGGAGGACGAAGGCGCCACCGGCCGUGCCGCCGCCGCCACCGCGCGGGAGACGGACGCGUCCAGCCGCGCCUCGAGCGAUCUCAAAGCCGGCGCCAGAGUCCAGGUGGAGAAGGGACCCCUAUGAGGAGAGCUCUGGCAUGGCGAUGGACGGGGGUAAUAGGCAAUGAGUGGUUCCUCCCCUGGCUUCAAUGACCAACUAUUACCAAGGAAGUCAUAUUAUGAGG